UUAGGCCUGGGCUGGAGAGGGUGGGGUGGGAUGGGAGUUCUUUGUUCUAUGAUCCAGUGAUGACCUCAGAGUAAACUGCCACUAGGUUAAAGAAAAUGGAAUGGCUGCUGAAGGACCUCCUCAAGGCUGAGUGGGAUAUGGGGCUUCUCUGGGGACAGUUGACCCAUGCCCUGGCCUGCAAACAUUGUGGCAGCAACUGCCUCCAAAGUCCAGGGAAUCUGGUGACACUAUUCCUGUUCAUGGUUUGGCAGAUCCGGAGGUGGUGGCAGCUUGGGAGGUGGCAACAGCUUCAGCCCUGGUGCUCUGGAACCAUGAUGCAAUGCAAGGGCCUACCACUUUUGUACCAUGUGGCCUUCCUUGAUUGCUUGUGGAAGCAGAAAUCAGAGGAAGAGGAAGAAGAGGGGGAAGAGGAAGAGGAAGAAGGGGAAGAAGGUGAAGAAGAGGAAGCAUCUCUGGAUCCACUGAAGUCAUGUUCUCCUGAAGAGGCUCCCAUUGAAGAGCAAGCUAACACAGCCCCAUCCCAGCCAUCCUCUUGUUCUAAGGGCCUCCUCAAAGCCACUGGAACACAAAAACCAGUAUUUAUGCAACCCCCAAACCCUUCUAGAUCCUUUCCCACCUUCCAAAUCCUAACCAACCUACCUGUGAGGCACAAGAUAGUACCAGGGAGCCACCUGAAGCAGCCAAAAAGCCAGCUCUUCUGUGGUCUUCCCUCUCUGCACAGCGAGUCCUUGGAGGCCAUCUUCAUGAGCUCAGAUGGCCCCUCUUCCCUGAAGUUGUCUGUUUGCCCUUCUGUAUUCUUCAACAAGCUUGCUUUCCUACAUAGGUCCAACCUGCUGCCUUCUCAGUAUUACUGCCCAACCCAGUUUCCUACCCAUGAAGUCCAUACUAAGGAAAAUCUGAAAGAUAUAGCCUCCAAUCCUCAGCUAAUUCUACCUCCAGCUUCCCCUCCUGUGCCAUCAGUAAUCCAUCAUAAGCCCUUGCCCGUAGACCACAAGGGAGUACUGUCUGGUACUGAGGCAUGCACACAGGAGUUAAAACAGCAGAAAGAGGUCCCUGGGGUUUCUGAGGAACAAGCCCUACACCCACAGCCUGAACUCCAAAGGACCAGACCCUCCGAGCUGUUCUCAUCUACCUGGCAGGAAGUACUAUGGGAUUCUAGCCUCCAACAACACAAUCCAGAUUCUCACUCUGCUUCUCUGCUGUAUUCUUCUAGCGCUAUAGGAGUCCUGAAUAGGUCUAAGUCCCCACAGAGGACCAUGGGGCAAAAUAAGGACCCCAAAGCCUAUGAGUCAGCAAUGCCAGCUCCCAUCCCAAUCCCAGCUUCCCUGCCAGAACUCCAGGGAGUCAGUCCUAUCGUUAGCCCUGUAAGAGGCCUAUCUGAAUCAAAGGCUCUCUGGGAAACCACAAGGCAAAGAGAGAACCCUCAUAUCUCUGAGCUCCCAAUCUUGGCCCCUUGCCAAUCCCUAGGACCCAUGACAGAACCUCAAGAAAUUAGUGUCCUGAGAGUGCUACCUGGAUAUGAGACUCAAUGCAGAAGCAUAGAACAUAAAGAGAUUCCCCAAGCUUCUGAGUCUCCAGUACCAGCUCCCUGCCAAUUCCCAGCUUCUCUUUCAGAAUCCCCAAAAGUCAGCUCUGAAGGAAGACUUUCUGUACCUAAGAACUUGUGGAAAACCACAAGAUGCAAAGAGAACCCUCAGGUCUCUAAUAGGCAGUAUCUAAUGCCUGCUCCCUGCUCUCUCAUGGACUCCUGGCCAGAAUUCCAGGGAGAGAGUCCCCUGGAAGAUCCAUAUGGACAUAAGGUCCAGAGAGGAUGCGGGGAAAACUCAGGAAACCCCUGUGCCUUUGAGACCUCAGGCUUGGACCUCAACUUAGGGCUCUAUGGAAUCCACCCUGCAUGUGUCCCAUCGGGUUCUCAGACUCCAGGCAAGGGUAUGCAGAGAAGAGAAACACUUUGGGUCUGUGCUGACCCAGAUUCAUCCCUGAGCCUUCCCACAGCCUCUCUGCUAAAGUCUCCGGUAAUGAGUCCCCAAGGAGUCCUGUCUGAGUCCAAAUGUUUAUGGGAGACCAAAAGACAGAGAGACACUUCCUGGGAUCCUUGCUCUCCAGACUCUGCCCAAAGUGUACUGCAAGCUCCAAUUAUAGAACCACACAGAAUCAAUACUGUGGAAGGUCUCAGUAGAUCAGAAGCUAUGUGGAAGAAUACUGAUCAUUCCAGGAAUUCCUGGGCUUCUGAGCCUCCAUUUCUGGCCCCCAGUCCACUCUCAACUUUUGUACUGGAGCACCUUAGAGUUAGCCCUAUGGAUGCCGAAGCUAGAUGUGGGGACAUAAAAAGGCAAAACAACCCACAGGCCCCUGAGGUCUCAGCUUGCAGUUUACUCCAAGACCUGCAUGAAGCCGACUCCCUUGGAGUUCAGUCUGACUCUGAGUCUGUUGGAGAGUACACAGAGCAGACAGAAAACUGCUGUGUUCCUGUGUCCCCCGUUUGGGACUCUAGCCCAUCCCCAAAUUCUGUCUCAAAGUGCUACAUAGGUGAACCUUUUGAGGACCAAUACAACUGUAAGACGGAUAGGGAACCAAUGGAGCUGAGAGAUAAGUGCUGGGCCACUGAGCUCCCAGCUCCCAGCUCCCUCUCUGCUCCUCCGGAGCCAUGUGCUAACCCUGAAUUUGUGUGGAGAAAUGUGCAACAAAGAGAGGUCCCACAGGGCCCAAGCCCUCUUGCAGAUCCCAGGCAGCCAAUAACCUGGUCCUCAACCCUAGCUGAAGUUCUGAAGAGUGAGCCCACGCAGCCUGGCCAAGCCAAGGGAGAGUUGUCCCUAGGGGCUAUGACAGAGGAGGCCCCAACCUCCCAGGGAGAGACUAUCCCAGAGGUGCUCCAUCAUCCUGGGAUCCAGGGAUGGCACUGGAGUAGAGAGUUAGAACUCAGGCUGAAGAAACUACAGCAGUGCCCUGCUUCCAGAUCCCCUGACCUGAGCUCCACAAAUCUAGAUUCCCGGGGGCUCUCUUCCUGCCCCUCACAGAAGACUCAGUCCCUCCUCAAUCUGUGUCCUCGUGCUUCAAGUUGUCAUCCCCCAAAAGUUCAGAAUGCAGUAUCUCAGCCUGCCCAGGCUCCCCACUGCCAUAACUCCUCUUCUUCCCACUCUCAGCCACUAGAGUCUGGCAAGUCAAAACAAGGGUCUCAGAGAGAACAGAGAAUGAAGGAGAAAAUGAAGGCCCAGGUCCCAUCCCAAGAGCCAUAUAUUCACAUGGAAGCUGGUGAUAACUGUCCAGGCCUGGGAGAGUCUGUGAACCCUAAGGUUCUGGUCUCAGGCAAGAGACAGCAUAAGGCUUCAACCUUAUGUUCAGCCAAAAAGAAAGAGAAUCUGAGAAAAGUCAAAGCAGGAGAGUGUGGAGAAGGAAAUGCAAAAUUGGGGUCAUCUACAGUCACAAAGAAGAGCCACCCUGCCCAGGCCCAAAGAACAACAGAGGCUCCUGUAAGCAGACUUUUCCAAAGGUCUCAGCACAAAGGCCAGAGCUCUCAACAUACUGCUCUUCCCCAUCAGGUUCUUCCCAAGGUUUUGGGUGCCCAGGAUCUGGAAGGGGCAAGGCUGGCUGCUGGUGACAUCCUGAGUCCUUACCACUGUAAACACUGUCCUUGGGCCAACAUGCAGAAGCGUAUCUCCUCCCCCACCACCCAGGGUUCCCUUACCAAGGGUCUCCAAAGGGUGUUAGCCAAAUUCCUGGGUACCCACAGACCCCUACCCACCAAAUCUAGUCAGUAAAGGCUGGUAGUACUGGCACCUAGCACCCCAAGGCCUGAUAUCAAAGGUGAAGGGUGGGGAAAUGGAGAGAUAAGUAAAGGAAAUCUUAAUAAACUAGCUGAACUAGACAAAUACCACUCAUGUUUUCUUUGGAGUCUAGGGUACUGGGAAUGUCAGUUUUUUAUAAACUUUUGUUGCGGCCAUAUCCCAUUAGGGUUAGGUUCCAAAAGGAGUUCUGCAGGUUUUUUAGACCCUCACACAUCACCACUGGUGUCCAGAUCUUCCUAC